AUGCCAGCGACCGCUGCUCUAGCUCUUGCUCUUACGAAUAAUCCUAGCGAGGUCCUCGACAUGCCUGUCGAUCCAAAUGAGCCGACCUAUUGUGUAUGCAAGCAGGUCUCUUAUGGCGAAAUGGUUGCAUGCGACAACCCCGACUGUCAUGUUGAGUGGUUUCAUUUUGGAUGUGUAGGUCUGACCGUUAAGCCAAAAGGUCAAUGGUUUUGCCCACAGUGUAUAGCCGAUGGCAAGACGAGAAAUGACGAUUGA